UAUCUUUUAUUGCUUUUUUUUAAAACAAUUUUUUUAUUGUUUCUUUGUGCUAAUAUGUGGGUUUUGCUUAAAAGAUGUGAUUUUUUUGCUGGAUCUGAUUGGAAUCCGAUCUAAGUUUUGAUUGGCUUGGUUAAUAACUUAGAUAUUGAUCGGUUUUUUGUUAGGACUGGAUGCAUCAAUUUGUUUUAAUGUCAUUCUUUGCUUGAUAAACGAGUCAAUUGUAUUAGUUAUUGGUUUGUAAUGCAAAGUAGCAGCUUUGCUCCAGAUCUGCUAGUUUUGGUCCACUUAAGUUGCUUGCGUAGCUUCCAUUUUGUUGGUUAACUUUUAUUUCAACUAAAUUACCUAUUGUAUAACUAAUAUUGCUUUUCAAUCCCAGUCUUUGCCUCUAAUUGGAUCAAUCCUUUUCAUUUUGGUUGGAUGUCCAUUUACUAGAUUCAAUCAGAGGAAGUUAGAAAUGUUAUAUGUAUAUAGCUUUAGUAAUUGGCAACACUCAUAAUAUUGUAUUAUUGAACAUUAUUCUGCGGUUUUUUACCAGGAACACGGAUCUAAAUCUUUUAAGAAAAGCUUGCAACUUGCUGUUUAACUUUUUUUUUUUUUUUCACAAUUCAUAAAGGAUGGCGCUCAUAAAAUUUUAAUAUUGAACUUUAGUCUGCGAUUUUCUGCUAGAACGCGGAUCUAAAUGUUAAAAGACAAGCUUGCAAUUUGCUGUUCAACUUUUUUUGUUGUUUUACUGAAUUCAUAAAGAUUGUGUGCUUGUUUUUUCCAACAGUUGGGCAGUAGGCAUCUUUAGUCUUAGACUCAUGCUUUCUUGAUUUCAAUGGUUUUGAUGUUCUUUUUACACCCGAUAAACUGUUAUCCUUUAUCAACUGUUCAAACUUGAACUAGGUUAUUCGGUUUUCUCAAAUGACUCAUUAGUUUUAUUUGCAGGAUUUCUUGCUUUUCGACUUCUUUUGUUUUGUUUUAUUUCUUGCUCUUUGCACCAGCAAGUAUCUAAUAUGGCUUUUUGGAAUUGAGAAACAUAUCUGAAGAUUCAUUCCAAAGAUUUGUAACAUAAACUGUUGGAUAUGUUCUUACAUCUACCAGCUUAUCCAAUUCCAAAUAUUUUCAUUUGGAUUUUACUAACGGUCCCUUCAUUUUUUACCCUUUUAACAGGCCGAUGUCUUCCUAUCUAAUAAAUCCCAAGUGAAUUUGUAUCGGUUUAUUUUUCUCUGAUGUUAGAGCCUUGAAGUUUGAGUGAUCAAAGAAACAGGUUGGUAAGAUUGGCAAAGGAUCGUUAUAGUGGGAUGAGAUCUGCAUUAUGAUCUUGUAGUGCUUGGGUGGGAAAAUCUGUUCGAAUUUUUUGCAAUUAGGUAUAAAAUGAGGGGAAGAUCUGAUGGGAACCAGAAGAAGCGGUUAAUCACUUCUGUCUGUGUAGUGGCAAUCUUUCUAGGAUUUAUGUAUUUUUAUUAUGGAUCCUUUUUUGGCUCCCAAAGCCGUGGUGCUGCAGCUUUAGAAUAUGGCAGCAAGUCCUUGAGAAAACUUGGGUCAUCUUAUUUGGGAGGGGAUGAUGAUUCUGAUGGAAAACAAGAUGAUUCUACCAAAUUUGGGCAGGAAGAUGGAGGGGAAUAUACUGUGCCAAAGAGCUUCCCUGUUUGUGACAAUCGACAUUCAGAACUCAUUCCCUGUUUAGACAGAAAUCUGAUAUAUCAAAUGAGAUUGAAGUUGGAUCUCUCUUUGAUGGAGCACUAUGAACGACAUUGCCCUCCUCCAGAAAGGCGAUAUAAUUGCUUGAUUCCUCCGCCACCAGGGUACAAGAUACCAAUUAAGUGGCCAAAAAGUAGAGAUGAAGUAUGGAAAGCAAACAUUCCUCAUACUCACCUUGCGCAUGAGAAAUCUGAUCAGAACUGGAUGGUUGUGAAAGGUGACAAGAUAAGUUUUCCUGGGGGAGGCACACAUUUUCACUAUGGAGCUGAUAAAUAUAUUGCUUCAAUUGCAAAUAUGCUUAACUUUUCAAAAAAUAAUUUAAACAAUGAAGGAAGGCUGAGAACAGUUCUGGAUGUUGGCUGUGGUGUUGCUAGCUUUGGUGCUUAUCUACUGUCUUCCAAUAUCAUUGCAAUGUCCUUGGCACCUAAUGAUGUGCAUCAAAACCAAAUCCAAUUUGCCCUAGAAAGAGGAAUUCCUGCAUAUCUUGGUGUUCUAGGGACCAAGAGACUCCCUUACCCAAGCAGGUCUUUUGAGCUUGCCCACUGUUCACGUUGUAGAAUAGAUUGGCUUCAGAGGGAUGGUAUUCUUCUUCUUGAGCUUGAUCGUUUACUUAGACCAGGAGGCUAUUUUGCCUACUCCUCUCCUGAAGCUUAUGCACAAGAUGAAGAAGAUCUCAGGAUUUGGAGAGAAAUGAGUGCACUUGUGGAACGGAUGUGUUGGAAAAUAGCUGCUAAGAGGAACCAGACUGUCGUUUGGCAAAAGCCCUUAACAAAUGACUGUUAUAUGGAAAGAGAAGCUGGCACACAACCUCCUCUCUGUCGAUCUGAUGAUGAUCCAGAUGCAGUGUGGGGUGUGCAAAUGGAAGCUUGCAUCACACCUUAUUCUGAUCAUGACCAGAGAGUUAAGGGGAGUGGUUUGGCUCCUUGGCCAGCUAGACUAACAACUCCUCCUCCUAGCCUUGCUGAUUUUGGCUAUUCCAGUGAAAUGUUUGCGAAGGACACGGAACUUUGGAGACAUAGAGUGGAGAAUUAUUGGAAUCUCCUGAGUCCAAAGAUUCAAUCAGACACCCUGAGGAACUUGAUGGACAUGAAAGCAAACUUGGGUUCAUUUGCAGCUGCCCUUAAAGACAAGGAUGUUUGGGUGAUGAAUGUUGUGCCUGAAGAUGGACCAAACACACUGAAAGUGAUAUAUGACAGAGGCCUGAUUGGCACUGUACAUAACUGGUGCGAAGCCUUUUCAACAUAUCCUCGGACCUAUGAUUUGCUCCAUGCUUGGACUGUCUUUUCCGACAUUGAGAAGAAAGGCUGUAGUGCUGAAGAUUUGCUUAUAGAGAUGGAUCGAAUGCUUAGACCUAGUGGUUUUAUAAUCAUUCGUGAUAAACAAAGUGUGGUAGAUCAUGUAAAGAAAUAUGUAGUGGCAUUGCACUGGGAAGCAGUGACAACUGAUUCCAGUUCAGAAUCAGAUGAGGAUGGAGAUGAUAUCGUGAUUGUUAUCCAAAAGAAGUUGUGGCUAACAAGCGAAAGCAUCAGAGAUACAGAAUAGGACACCAAAGUAUGUCCUUCAAUUCUUCUCUAUAUUCCAAAUUCCAAGUGCUCCAACAGGUUAAGAAAGUUGUUUCAGGCAGUGAUGCAGUAAACAAUUUCAUUUUAUAGCAUUAAGUACCGUUCACAUUAAAAUUUUCCAGUCCAUAUAAUUGAUUCAAUUUAAUAGAGAUAAACUAUCAGCAAUUCAGCUUCUUUAGGCUAUUCUUCUUUAUCUUUUUUGUCACCCUUUUUUGUUUUUAGUUUUGAAUGUAAUGGAAAGUACUUAAGCUAUUGAUGAAUAACCCCACAAAAUAUGUGCAGCUGAAGUAGAUAAGAAUUCUGGCUUCUAAUUGUCUAAUUAUUUAUAAAUGAAUCUAUUUGCUUAAAGUUAUGUUUUA